AUGGCCUUUGCUGGCGUAUCUCUCAUUGCUGACUGCAAGCUGUGCGCCUCCACCAAGUCGGCCAUCAACUCCGGUGCAGAUAGCGGGUACCACUUGCUCGUUGUCGAAGGUUACUUGCGCACCAAAGAGACUACUCCCAACCGCGAGUCCAUCGGGUCUCGUCCUUUCAUUGUUGGGGGCCGUCGCUGGGCCAUCGGCUACCACCCUAAUGGUUUGGACAAGGAUGCUGAAGAAUUUAUAUCGGUUUCCCUUGUCCUUGAAGACGAUACCAGGCCAAGCGUUGAGUUUGAAUUCAUGAAAAGGGAGGGUUUUGAAAGAUCAAGGCAUCUCAAAGACGACAGCUUCGUCAUCCGGUGUGACCUUGUUGUCCUCAAGCCGGCCGCGGACAAGGAGCAGGGCACCACCGCUCUUCCUUUCACCGAAUUGCCACAGGCCGACUUACCAAGCCAUCUUGGCGAUCUCCUCCUGAGCAAGGAGGGUGCUGACGUCACGUUUGAGGUUGACGGCAAGGAGUUCGCUGCGCACCGGUGGAUGCUUGCAGCCCGAUCUACCGUCUUCAAGGCACAGCUCUUUGGCACCAUGAAUGUGGGCAAUGCUACGUCAAGUGUUGUCAAGAUAGACAACAUCAAAGCAAACGUCUUCAAGGGCUUGCUAACUUUCAUCUACACUGAUGGAAUGCCUGAAUUCGAGCAUGACGAUGACGAUGAGGCUGGUGACAUGGAACAGGAUGAUGACUCAGAAGAAGAUGGAAUGAAAGAAGACUGGCUGCUACAGCUCCUUGAAGCUGCAGAAAAAUAUGGUCUCCAAAGGCUCAAGUCAAUCUGUGAAGAGAAGUUGACCGAAUUGAUUUGCAAGGACACGGUGGCAGACAUCAUUGUCGUGGCUGAGCGGAACCAGUGCCUCUGGUUGAAGGAGUCUUGCUUGGAGUUUGUCAAAACUCGCACAAAUUUACACAUAGUUUUCACCGCUGAUGGCUUGGAGCAAAUAAUCAGGACCUGCAGCCCCUCUGUUCUCAAGGAGCUUCUCUCCAAGUUUGCUUCCUGA